AUGGGAAACUCGUCAAGUGAAAUUGUAUCGCGUGUAGAAGGCCUCGAUCUCAGCGCCGUGACGAAAACAAUUCACCAAGAUCUCGAACUUUUAGAUGAUCCUUCCUUAAUUUUUGAUACUGGUAAGCUUCUGGUCCGUGCUGAUCUUGAUGAUUAUAAAGUUCCUGGCUUCGACCACACAAAGCUAAAAGAAGAAGAUGUCAACACAGACCAAGAAGAGGCUAUGAUUUUAAGCUUAAACAACUAUGAUAGGCUGAGAGAAAAGCACGGAGAUGCCAUCAAAAAUAUUAUUGAAGACAUUUUGAGAAAGCGUGGUGAAGAUGCGAACUCGAAAGAAAUUCUGGUCAAGCUUCAAUGCAUAAUGAGAUCAUUUGAAGGACUAUUGAGAACUGAACAGUUUAGAAAGCUGAAAACGAAAAAUGAAGAAAAUAAAUCAAGUGCAACACAAGGAACUUUGUCAACUACUGCAACUGCCGCGAUUAAAAUGGGAUUGAGCACUUUGCUUUUCCUUAUUGAAUGUGUAGGAGACUUAAAACCUGAAAUUUAUCAAAGAGUUAUAAAGCAGGCCUCUGAUAUUUUGAGUGUAAUUCCUCCUUUGUCACUGCAAACUGCUGAGCCUACAAUUUCUGAAAGUUUGGGAGAAAUUUCGCAGUUUUUUGAUUCUGUUAUUAGCAACGACUCUGAAAAAAUGAAAAAAAUAGACAAGCUGUCAUGCUUGGCGCCUUAUUUUGGUCUUUGCAUAGCAUCAGGGAAUCUAAGCUCUACUUUAAUGCUUGCACUUCGAUUUUUACAAUUAGAUCGUACAGACAGGCUUCGAGCUGCUCUUGAAUCAAUCUAUCAGCCUCUUACUGUUUUAAAAAAUUUAGGAUCAAUCGCUCCAAGAUGGAGUCCUACGAAAUCAGGCCCAAAUACAACUUUUUCUGAGUAUAAUUUAGUAGUAUCAGCUUCAGCAGGCUGGACAACCAUUUUAGGAGAAGAAGAAUAUUUUUCAGGCUUAUAUUACUUUGAAUUUACUAUUGGGCCAUACAAUGAUUCUUAUAUGCUUGGAGUGGUGGACUCGAAAUAUAACAAUUUUUCAGCUUGAUCCGAUAUUAAUUUUUCAUCAUUUUCUUAUCAGUCAAACUCAAGCAUUUUUGAUAAAAAUAAUGAAGUUUAUAAAUGGGAAAGCUGGAAAGAAGGGGAUAAAAUUGGGAUUUUUUUGAAUAUGGAUGAUAAAACUGUUACUUUUUAUAAGAAUGGAAUUAAAGAGCCACAAGAAAAGCAUGGGAAACUGCCGGAUUCUGUUAGAUUUUAUACUAGCCUAGGAGCGAAUUCCAAAGUUCAAUCAAUUUUCCCUGAAAACAUCCCUGAGGAAAUAAGGGAUUUAGUUGAAAAGCCAAAUGUAGAGUUCAAAGAAAAUAAAUUGUACAGAAUGCUGGAGAGUGAAAGACCUACAAAUGAAUACUUGGCAAUUGAACCUUCUGAAAUAUCUGCUUUCAUAAUCAAUAAGCUGGCCUAUGCAAAUAUUCCAGUCUUGAGAAUGCUGCAAAGCAAGUCAAAAAAUUUGGAAAUGCCAAAAAAAUGAGGAAUUUCAUUGGAUCUUCAGCCAUUAACAGUUGAUCUUCUUGAUACAGCCUUUGUUAAUUUCCUUAAAUUAGCUAAAACUCACGAUUAUUCAAAAAUAAGCCAAGAGAGUUGCCAAACAGCUUUAGCCUCAGCACAAAAACUCAUUCGAGCUCACUUGUUGGCUUCUUUGAUUCAUGCUGACCAUGGUCUUGAUUUAUCUCUUAAUCUCUAAUUGGUUAGCAAGCAAAACCAUUAGGAAGCUGAAUAAGCGAGCAAAAAACAUUAAUAUAUAUUUUUUUGCACAAAUUAUAUUUUAAUAUGCAAUCAAUAAUUAUGAUGAUAUCUUAAACAAUUUAUAUUAAAUUUUAAGCAACUAGGUUUUUAUUAGUUAUAUUAGAUUUUUUAUUUCAAAUAUUUACAAAUAUAGAUUUAAAACCAGAAAAAAUAUAUAUUAAAAUAUUAAAAAAAAUUAGCCAUCUCUGUUAGUAAACAAAAAAACCUUGAUAGCUAUCAAGAGAAGUGUUAGAAACCGAAUAAUGGAGCACACAAUCCAGCUUUUCUCAGUCAUGCCAAAUACAAAAGCCGCCGAAGAAGCCACUUUGACUCUUAGCUUAUGCUUUGAUGUAUUCUAUAAUGAUCCUAAAGAAAAAUUAAGCUACCUAAUGGGAAGACUAGAAGAUAUGAAAAAAGGCAAAGAACAAGAAGGUGUCUUCAGAGCCUUAGAAGACAGAAUCUUUUUAGAAAUGGCAAAAUCAGAAAAACUCUUCCCUGCACUCGAUAUCAAAGACGACGAUCACAGCAGAGAAAUCGAGCAUUUCUUUGAGCUACUUCUUGAACUAGCCUCAAGAAUUUCACAAAACGCCAUUUCUGGAAAUGCUGCAGCUUCAGGAAUCGUUAAAUUAUUAGAAACCAGCCAAAGCGUGCUGAUGGCUCGUACAGCCCAAAAUAAUUAUCAAGGCAAAUGGCUUGACAUAUUUUCAUCUUACUCAGUCAAAAUGUUUAAUGAAAUUGAUAGAAUACUUACUCCCCUUCGUCAGCUGACAAAUUUUUUUUAAUAGAAAUUUUUUAGGAAAAAAAUUUUGAUAUAUAAGUGAUAAUUAAUUCUGCUUAAUUUUAAAACAAAUUGAGUUUUAAAACUUAAAUUUUACAAAUUAAAAUUAAUAUUUGUUUUACACAUUUUUGCGACUUAGUAUUUUUUUAAAUUUUGAAAAAAAAAAUAUUCUAUAAAAUUUAUAUAUAAAUUUUUAAUCCCUCAGUAAGCGAGAUUUUUUUGUUUGCUCACGGAGGGGAUGAGUUUAAACAAAUUUUGUCUCUCCACCCAGAUGGGAAAAUUCCAGACGAUUUAACAGCUAAACUCAAAAAUACAGUCGUUGCUAAUUUAUUUGAAAGCCUGCUUUACUACCUUAUGCUGAUGAAUAUGAAUCUUGACCUCCUUGCUGGAGUUCUUACAAGCCUACAAAAUAUUAUUACAACGCUAUCAGCCUUUCAGCCAAAGCCCAAGGUAUUUGUCCAAGGAACUGCGAUUCAGCCACAAGUUUAUGAGAGCAGUCAUAAUUAUGGAGACAAUUUAAACACUGAAUAUCUCGUCAGAGUCCCCAGGGCAAAGAAAUAUGUGCUUUCGUUUGACCCUCAGUGUAAAACUGAAAACGGCUGCGAUUACUUAGAACUGUGACUGGAUCAAAAUAGAGGAAAUAAAUUUGCAAGAUGGGAAGGAGAGAAUUUUCCAAAGCAGCCUGUAGAAGUCAUCAGUCCUCUUCUAUUUUUUACUUUUCAUUCAGAUGGAUCUGUAAAUUAUUGGGGAUGGAAAAUAGAAAUAAAAUCUUAUGUAGAGGCUAAUUUUGAAGCAAAACAAUGGCCUGAUACAGUCAAGGACUCAGCUGUUAUGCUGCUUGGAUUUAUCAGUACAAGUUUGAUAUCUGGCACUUUUGACUCAGCCCCAGAUGAUGAAAAAAUAACUGAGCUUCUUGAUAACCCUCUACUAAAAUAUGGGAUUUCGGAUUCAGCUCUUUCCAUUGUAAAGGAACCUACCCCUAUCAGUGAAAGUUUGUUCACAAUACUAACGAAUGCAAGUAUGACAAGAAGAGCUAAACGAGCUUUGACAGCUUCAGGAUACCCUGAAGCUAUAAAAAAACGAAUUGUAAGAAGUAGCUCUGUUGUCGUAUCUAUCGGAGACUAUGCUGCAAAAUAUUCAAAAGCCAUUGAGCGACCUAAGUUUUCAAAUAUUCCAUUUUUGCAAGAGUUAAUAGAAGGAAGUGAAAGAAUCAGCACAGCAUGGGCAAGCUUAAAGAAAAAAGCAGGCGUGAUGGGCCCAGCUACAAAUAUAGGUGGAGCUGAAAUGGACCAAGCUGAAAGAGCUAUUUUUGCUAUUUAUAUCGCAUUUUACGAAGCAACUGACACAGUAGCCAAAAUUUUCGACUCUCUAGGAGAUCUCGGUGCAACAAUGAAAUAUAUCAUCAAGCAAAGCAAUUUAAUCAGAGGCUGGGCACAAAAGCACAAGCAAAAGCUAAUGGAUUAUGGCAAACCAGAUACCACCUACACUGAUAUUUGCAAAGAUGUCGUCAUAAAAUGCGUUUUCUUGCUUAGUGCUGAAUACAAAAUCAGCCUGAAUGAGCUUGGAGUUAAUAAAGUUAUGAAAAAUUUAUUCUCAAGUGUAGCUAAAAUCCAAAGCCAAGCUACAAUAGCAAAAGCCGGGAGUAAAUGGAAAACUGUCAAAAAAGCAGUGGAAUCGUCUUCAAAACUUAAAGGGCUGCUUCAUAUUCAAUCAAAAACUAAAGAACCAGAAAAUGAAGACGUCAAAGAAUUUCUUAGAGUUGCUGAAAUCGUAACCAAAUUUUUAGAAUCUUCAAUACCAGUAGAAGAUAUUGCAGCUGUGAUUGCAAAAAGAAGGAUAAGAGGGAUUGCUAGAACGCUAGGAUUCUUAUCGUUCGCAAAUUUAAUAGGGCAAACCAAUAAGAAAGAAACCUGCCUUGUGAAAGCUUUUAGUGACUCUCUCAAAAUAAAAGGUGAAAAAGUGCAUUAUUGGCAGGGUCUUGAAGGAACUGAUCCUAUUUUGCUGCAUUGCGUUCAGAACUCAUUUUUCCAGGUUUAUACAGCACUUCAAAGAGAGCUUUCUCAACAGCAGCUCGAUAGAUUAAAGCCAGGGGACUAUAAUCAUUACUUAACUGUCAUAGAUGCUAUGAGUUGUCCGCUUAAAGGAAUAGAUGGCCAUAUCAUAUUAGAGCAGCAAUUCCCAAGCACAAUUUCUCAUUUAUUAAAGUGGGCCAAAGGCUAUAUUGGAGAAGACGAAAUCCAUCGGCCAUUCAAAAAGGAGCUUUGCAUCACUCGAUUAGGAAUUUUGGCUCAAACUGAUUUACCUGAAAAUGCAAUUAAAAUUUUGCUUGAAGAAAGACCAAAUGAGCAAUCAAUUUAUUUAGUGAUAGACAAAGCAGGGUCAGCAAAGCCAAUCAUUGAUGCAAAACUUUCAAGCCAAGCUAUUGAAGGAUAUGAAGAAGCCACUGGAAUCUUUACUUUUAGAGGCGAGAGAAAAGCGAUAUAUAUCAAAAGAGAUGAUGAAAAAGUUAAUCUAAAGUAUUUGACUGAAAUUUCAGAAAACCUGGAAUUUAUAUUCACAGAUUAUGAAAACUUAAUUGAGCCUGAGCCUGAAGAAGAAAACAAAAAAAGACUGGAAUUGAGAUUAAGGCUCAGCAAGAGCUCUUGGUCAUUAUUCAAAGAGCUUCUUUAUUCAAUUGUUGGGUCUUGGGUGGAACCAAAUGAGUCGUUGAAAAGUCUGAUCCAAGAGCUGUUCAUGAAAGUGAUUUUUAGCGAGCUUAAAUUUGAUGAAACUUUGAUGACUCUUGACCCUGAACCUGUCAUUCUUGCUCAGCUUGCCAAAGGUGAAAAUUGGAUUGGGAAAUCAGUGAUCCCUAAAGAAAUUAUCAAAAACCCUGUACAAGAAUGGCUAAGGCAAUUCCAUAACGAGACUGAGAGCUUUGAAAAUUUCAUUGUGAGAGAGAUCAUUAAUGAAUUUGUACAAAAAGCAGACCCAGCAAUGAAAGGAGUUAUCACUCAAGACGACCUUCAAAAUCUUAAAAGAGAAACCGUUGAAGUGCUAGAAAAAUAUGAAGAAAAUAAAAAUGAGAAAGGAGAAUACGAUUUCUUCAGGUAUUUAAAUGUUCUCAAAGGAUUAGCUGAUCAGUUUCCAGCAGAAAUUCGUGAGUAUUUCAGACAGUCAAAACUAUGGCAGUACCUUCCAAAUGACUUUUAUCAAGCUGCUGAGGAGUAUGACUUAGAAAACGUUGGAAAAGUUAUACAGAACUUCAUAAUCAGACUUAAACCAGCACAAGAAGACUCUUUCAUGAAAUUCCUUGAGCUCUUUGCAAAUGCCAAACAGCCUGGAGUAGUUGAAAAUGUGGAAUUCGAAUGCCCAGCGGAGUUUAAAGAUGGAUCAGGAUCUUUGGAUUUCUACGUAGCAUUAAAUGGGAUUAUUUCAAAUAAAGAAAAAUUCUCAAAUUACUAUCAGGAAAUUGAAGACGGUAUCUCCAUGUACAACGGAAUUCCUGCAUCAUGCAAAAAGAUGACAAGUAUAAUUACUGGCCAAAUUGACUAUAUUUCUUCUUUGCUUUGGUGUAUCUAUGGGUCUCUGGGCUCACAAUGCCUGCCUAGGCUUUUAGCCAGAGAAGAUUAUUUUGUUUCUCUUCUUCAGCUAACUUUUUGUGUUCCAUCAGCAAAGGUUAUAACAUGUGGAUCCAGAAUAUUGAGGUAUUCCUAAUUAUUAAGAGCGCUUACUCAAUGUUUUUAAUUUACUAUAAUAAACUAGCUAAGCACAAAAGGUUUUGGCCUCUAUAAUUAAGUAUAUAUCAUCCCAACCCAGCAUUCUCCCAAGACUCUUCAGCCUUAUUGGGACACAGUCUCUAAGUUAUUAAACAGCAAGCUUGAUAUUAUUUCCUUCUUAUUAACCAAGAUUGGAAACGGAAUGACAUGGUACGAAAAUCAAGACUCAAAAGAGAUUUCUCUGAGAUGGGCAUAUGAAGCAGAAAGCUUUAUUCUUGCAUUCGUUGGGGUUGAUAGGUGGAGAGCUGAAGUGAUUAAUGUGCUCACAAGGUCACUUGAAGCAGCAGCUCAAAUGGUCAUUCGAGGACUUCCGCUGACUCCUGUCCACUCAGGAACCCUUUUCUUUAUGGCCUCCUCAUCUAAAAAUUCGGAUGGCUAUGGCUUUGUGCCAAUAAUCCUUUCUCAAGCUAGGCUAAAUAACUGCAGACUCCCUCGAGGUGUUAUAAGAGAAUUUACUACCCCUGAAACUGGGAAGUUUUAUUCUGUAGUCGAAGACGCAAAUGCAACUGAGCCACUUGACAAAAUUGAUGGAAUCGAGUCACAAGUCAAUAUUAAGCUCUAUGAUAAAUUAAACCCUGAAGAAAAAGAGAGACUGAGCACAGCCACAAUUGCAUUUUGGGAAAAUUUAAGAGGCUCAGGAAAUGUUCUUAUUAAAGCCAGCAGUGAUGCUAUUGCAAACUUGAGAUCUUUGUAUAUAAAACUUAAUAUCGCAUCAAUGAUUUGCAUGCUUGAUGUUCUGGAGUCUAAAGAAACAAAACACCCCGAAAUGGAAGGAAUCAUCAAUAAAUUCAUUAACCGUGGUAAUCCUUUAUCUGGGACUAGCAAAAAAAUAUACACAAAAGUCAUGAACGAGCUUGCCAAAAAGCUCCAAGCAGCACCUAAGAAUCAAGAAAAGAAAGAAAUGACUGAAGAAGAAGCUAUGACAAGAUUUACUGAGUACAGCGAAGCUGAACAAGCUUUAGUCCAAGAACUAAUGUGGAUGAAUGUUCCAGCAGUCAAAAUUCUUAAAUGCUUUGAAUCUGGAAUUAAUGAUAAAGAAGCUAUUAUAAAUUACCAAGAGCAAGUAUCAGAAAAUACUGUUUUACUUUACAAGCUCGGGGCUCUAGACGACUCUUCAUUCAAAAUGAAAGACAGUUCUGGGAAUUCUGAGCUAUAUCAAAACGGCCUGUAUCAUUUUGUAAUAAAUAAUCCAAAAGGAGUAUCUGAAAGAAGGGAAAUCAAGAACACUCUGCCAAAUACCAUUUUCCACUCUCUUCCAACUCUAUGCACUACUAUCACGAUUUUGGCUGCUAUUGAAGGAAAAUUGCUAAAUAAUAAGCUCUCAUGCGGGUUAAAAAUCGGAGACUUAGAAGUCGGGAUCACAACUGCAAUUGGUAGACCUCACUUCGCAAUCAAUGGAGAGCCUAAUGGAGAAGCAAAUGUUUCAGAGCCAUUGAUUAUAAGGAUCUUUGCAAAAGCUAAUGGAGAAGUGACAAUUAUUAAUGAUAAGAGUGGGAUAAAGUCAGAAAAAGUUUAUGGAAAUGUAUUUAACGGAUACCGUGUUGGGGAAUAUGGGAUGUAUUUAGAUUUUGGAGGCUCUGCUAGUUUGCUAUGCUUAGAAAUCUAUGAUGGGAAAUAUGCAGGAAGCAUUCAAAGCAAAAUUGAAAAAGCAAAAGAAUUAGAAGGAGGAGAACGAUUUAUUAAAAUUAAAACAAAAGAUCAAAAUUUAGAUAAACUGAGACUCAAAUUGCUAGGACUUUCUGAUGAAGAAGCUGAAGAGGCCCUUGCAAAUUCUCAAGACUUAAGUUCAGCCUUAGAAUAUUCAUUAAAUACGUUUGGACUUGACACCAUGAGAAACCCACCUCUAAACUUAGAUCAAGAAAUUAUCACUGAUAUCAAAAUUUUUGAUAACGUAAGCUCAGUUCCAGCUGAUUAUAAAAUUGUCCAAGUUUAUGAAAAUGCCCAAGUAAUCAAUUUUAGCCUUCCAGACAGAAAAGUACUAGCAAUGAAAAAAGAAAAAUUUUUGACUGGAAAAUGUUGCAUUGGGCUGUCUAUAGGAGAAAACCCAGGAGAUUUUACUGAAAUAGGAGACUUGAGCAUUGAAGACGAAAGACGAAAUCAGAUUUUCAUCAAAACAGGGACUGCAGAAAAGAAAAACACUCCUUUAAAAGAUAUCGCGCUUAUUAAAGUCACCUCAACUUAUUCUGCUGUUUUGCCUUUUGGCUAUGCCCUCGUUUCAGAUAAAGAAGGAAACGCCAUAAACAUUGCUUCCAAAAACGAAAAGAAGUACUACAUUUUAUUAGGAAUAAAAAGUGCCGAUACCCUUAUGAACUGCCCCAUUUACCCCCUUAAAAGUAUUUCAAACAAUGCCACAUCUUUCGGACUAGUAGAUCAGCUUCCCAGCCAAGAUUCAGGGGCUCUCAAAAAAGAAGAAGAAAAAUCAUACGAAGAGUACACAGUCAUGGAGCUUUAUAACAUGCUAUUUGAUAUUGACGAAAUGAGGCGUCUAGCUUUAUCAAAGAAACUGCUUGUAAUAACUCUAAAAAAAUAUCCUAGCAUGCUUAUGAAUAUGCCUGGCAGUGCUAGCUUGGCCAAACUCCUCUCAUAUGUCGAUUCCGAGCUGCAAAACCUUGAAACUCCAGUGAGAACUCUACUGAAAAGUUUAGAUAGAGAAGACUUUAGGCUGAAAGCUGCUAGAGAAUGCCUCACUAUUUUGAUUUCGUGCAUAAUAGGUAAAUCAGCUGGGCCGCCUUUGAAAACAAUUACUGUUGAAAGUUUGCACCCUUAUAAUGAUGGAAUGGAUGUAGAUGAUGUUAUUACCAUUCCUGGGGCAAAAGGGCUUAAAUUUGUAUUUGACCCUCAAUGCUAUACGGAAGCUGGAUGCGAUCCUCUGAGGUUCUAUGAAAAACCUGGGAGGCAAGGUGAGCUUAAAUGUCUUUCAGGACAAGGAGAGUCAUGCUGGCAGUCAUUCGAAGUCCCAGGUGAUACUGUAUACACUUAUUUCCAUAGUGAUGGAUCUGUCCAUUAUUGGGGCUACAAAUUUGAAGUUAUUCCAAUUGGCAGUGGCUCGCAAGCUCAAAAGGAUGACCUCAAGCCAGAUGCUGCGCUUUGGAUGCUUGAAAAGUUUGUAGAAAACGUGAAUACAAAUGAAGAGUUGAAGAUGCUUUAUACCCCUCGAUUUCUGCAGCCUCUAUUUCUGUUUAUCCUUUCAUCGCCUGCAGUCGAAGAAAAAUCAAGAGCUCUUACUCCCCCCCCUCCGUGAGUGAACAAAACCAUUAGAAAAAUCGCUAUUUUUUGCCAAAAAACCCACCCUCCGUGAGUGAACAAAAAUUUUUUUAAUAGAAAAAUUUUUUAUGGAAAAAAAUUUGAUAUAUAUAAAUGAUAAUUAGUAUAAAUGAAAUCUAGAGCUGAUUCUGUUUAAUUUUAAACGAAUUGCUUUUUUUAAAACAUAAAUUUUACAAAUUAAAUUAAUAUUUGCCUUCCAAUUUUUGCGAAUUAGGAUUUUUUUGAAUUUCGAACAAAAAUAAUUUUUAUAAAAUUUAUAUAUAAAUUUUUUUUAAAAAAAACAAUUAAACCCCCCUCCGUGAGUGAACAAAUUUUUUUGUUCACUCACGGAGGGGGGGAGUUAGCAUUCUUAAGUCUUUUAUAAAAUAUCCUAACCCCACCUUGGAAACCAUUAUAAAGCUGCUGUUCUCUGAAGCUAAUGAGCUUUAUCUUUCAAACAAACUAGAAAAAUCCAGUCACCCCUUACUUCAGUCUUCUGUUUCCUUGUUAUUCAAAGCUAUCGAAGUAUUUUAUACAGGAUCUCAAGAGACUUGGUUUAUUGAGCUAAACGAGCUAGUUUCUGAUAUGAAAGGCCUUACUGACAAAGACGAGAAAUUAGAAAUGUUCUUAUUUGACACUUUUAAAUCAAAAAUUCCAGCAAUUGAGUACUUAAAAGAAUCAUCACAUCCAUAUAGAAGACAAACACGGUCAGAGUUCAUUCAAAUCCUGGGUGCUGCCUUUUUAAAUAUUGAGUUUGACCCACAAAGCAAAGUAGAAAGCCGAGAUUCAAUUUUCUUCAGCUUUGACCAAAGGGCAAAAGAACCGGCUGAAAAACUACUUUCUGUGAGCUCUGAAAUUUGCACGUCUGCAGGAUGGACAGAAACCCCUAAAGGUCCUGAUAUUGCUCUCUCUAAUAACAACAAAACUGUGACCAGAACAAGUUCAAAUGGCUGGGGAUGUGCGAUUUUCAAUGAAACCUAUUCCUCUGGAAAAAUUAGAGUUAAUCUUCAUAUAGAUCAAGAUGGAGAUUCUGCUUAUUUGUACAUCGGCGUUAUAAGUGCUGUAGAUACUAAUUACAAUCUCUCUGAGUACAUCGGAAGCGAUUGUACUAGAGAAACAUGGUCCUGGAAAAAAUCUGGAGAGUUCCAUAAAAAAGGCUCAAUCAGCGCAGGUGUUGAAUAUGGAGCCAGCGAUGUGGUCUCUAUGCUUAUUGACAUUGACUCUCAAGAACUGACUUUUUAUAAGAACGACGAAGAAGUAUACAAGUUCACUGGGAUUGCUAACGCUGUAGUCCCAGCUGUUUGCUUUGGAGGAAACAAUCAGCUUGUUUCAAUUGUAUCUGUAGAAAGGGUUGGAGCUGGAGGGCAAGCUACUUCAAUUGCUAAGAAAAAGCUUAAAGUGCAAGGAGAUCAUGUUUAUUCUUGGUUCCCGGUAAAUGUAGAAUAUACAUUAAAAUGGCGACACGUGUAGUUAAGCACAGGUCGCAGCCAGAUACCCCCACCCCCCCUUUCACAGAUGGCACCCCCACCCCCUUAAUAUAGCAUAGAUCUAUGACAAAUGCUAAUUUAGAGCAGGCGUAAUAAAUAAAUUAUUAUUUUAAAUAUUCAAAAUUACUGAUUUAUACAAUAUCCACAUAACGUAGCACAAUCGAUUAAGGAUAGGUGGAAUGGGAUAAGAAUUUCCUAUAGCUACUAAGCACACCACAUCUGAAAAAAUUUAUUAACAAGCAUAAUAAUGAUCUUUGGUAUUAAUAGCAGUAUAUCCUGCAUAUAUAUUUAUGAACUUUGUGGAACAAUGGCUAAACAGUCCAAUUAUAGAUCGAAAGUAAAACUGACAAUAGCAAAUACUAUUUUUAUUAGCACUAUUGAAUCCUGUUACCAAUCCAGUCCUGCAAUCCUUGUACAAUGGGCAUCAGAUUAGCUUUAAUUUAUGAAUGAAUAAAUUUAAUGCUAGUUAUUGUAUUGUGCUUAGCUCAUUUAAUAAUUAAUGCUAUUAUCUAUAUCUUUGGCAUUAUAUUUAUAAAUAAAUAUAAAACACAAAUUUAAUAUAUUUUCUAAUUAAUUGUUAAUUAAAUUAAAUUUAUUAAUUAAUCAUAAAUAUUAAAGCAAUUUAUGGACUUAAUUUAUCAAUAUAGUGUUUUAAUUGGAUUAUAUUUAAAUUAUUCUGCUUAUCAAUUACUUCUAUAGGAUAAACCCUUUAUUUUUUUGAAGGGGGUGGGGUGCCAUCUGUGAAGGGGGGUGGGGUGCCAUUUUUAGGGGGUGGAAAAGGGUGGUGGGGUGUCUGGUUGCCACCUGUGCUUGACCACACGUGCCAACUUUGCCCUCUUGGCGCAGCAGUCCAGACCUUAUGGCUUCGGCGAACUGAGACGGACUCCGAGCUGAGAAUCAAGUGCAGGCUCAAAUGUGUGUAUACGGGUAGGUUUUGGCUGCUUUCCUGUGGUUGGAAAUUGAGGUGUUCAACAAAGUCCUUUGAUCCGAGGACCCAUGGGCAUUCCUCUACUGAGAAAUUGGGGGUUUCAGCCCAGACCACAGGGGAACAGUCUUUUUCCUGUAGUUAUCGAAUAAAGGCACUUUGGUACCUGAAAGACUCCAAGGAGCUGAUCCAUGGAAUUAAGCUACUCCAAUCGCCCGUAGUAGGGCCGCAGAAAUCCAUAAGCCGCCCACUCACGACUGAAACCUCAAAACAAGGAGGAGACAGAAGGUGCCGGGAGGGCACUCGUGAGAGAUAUAGACCCUCUGGGCUGGAGUCGAAAAGCGGUAGAACCUCCCAUACGGGAGGUCUUUGGUGACUGUGUCACCAAUAUGGCUAGCGCCUGACUUUUAAUAAUCCCAAUCCUAAUCCCAGUAAAUGUAGGAUAUGGAAAAGACCAUACUUGGAAAGACUAUAAAGAAACAGCCACGAGAUCAGACGAUAAAAGAGCUAUCACCCAAAUAGGAGAUGAGCCUGCAAUUUAUGAUACAACUCCAGAAUUUAAUGCAGGGAAGCAUUAUAUCGAAACUACCAUAUGCUCUGAUGGAAGAAUUGGGCUUGGCUUCGCCUUCAAAUCUACUGUUGACAAUCGAAUAGUAGCUCAUGAAAGCUCAGUCAUCAUCUAUUCAAAUGUAGAAGGGUUCAGAAUUGGAGACGUUGUUGGAGCAUUUGCCGAUUUUGAUGAUGGAAAAUUCAAAUUCUACAAAAAUGGUAAAUUCCUUGUCACUAAAAGACCCCCAUUCCCAAUCACUGAGCAGCUAGAAAACCUCAAAUUUGUAGCUGUGCUCACAUCUCCCCAGCAAAGAGUAAUGGUUUCAGAAACUCCGAAGCUUCCUACUGAUGUUGAUAAUUUUAAUAUCAAUGUAAACACAGAAUCAUCUUGCUGGGGCUACAAAUUUAAAGUGAGUCCUGAAUUCAGAGGAAGAAGCAAAAAAUUGAUUGAGUCAUUUUUAGAAUUUGCAGCAGAUGAUGUGAAAACUGAGUGGAAUGACGUGUAUUGUCCUAAAUAUAAGCGUCUAUUUAAGACAGGAGCAGCUGAACAGCUGAUUAUUUAUUUAGACGAAAUGACACAAUCUAAAGGAAAAGAUGUAAUGGCUCUGACAAAUGAAGAAAUCGACCCUUCAGAAGGGGAAUUAAUCUAUUACCCAGAGCUUGAAAAGGUAAGCAAAGAUGAUAUGAGGGGCCUUUAUCAGAUUUUACUUAAUUUCAAUAAAAGAGUUCAAGAAUCACUAUAUCUGUUCAAUUUGCAUAUAGAAUCUUAUCAAUCAAUGACUGAGCUGCAAAGGGUUUUCGCUGGAUCGAGAUGCUAUGUAUUUUUCAAAAUCAAGAAUGGACUAUUAAAAGAUUGCUUAGCAAAGACUAAUUCAGAUACAAGAGGAGACAUAACAAUUGAUAGACCAAAAGCAGCUAGACAUAGAGACAGAGGAGAUGUUGAUACAGCUGGACAAUUCUCUGUAUUUGGACAAAUUUAUAGAGCACUUAUAAAUAGAACUAAUAGAGAAUAUAGAAAUGCUGAAAGAGUUUAUACAGUGAAGUAUAGAGGAGAAGCUUCAAUCGAUGCUGGUGGUCCUUAUAAUGAAACCAUGAGCAAUAUGUGUAAUGAGCUUCAAUCUUCAUAUUUAAGGCUACUAGUCCCAUGUCCAAAUAAUGUCCACAAUAUCGGAGAAAACCGAGAAUCUUGGAUUAUUAACCCAGCUGCUGAUACUCCACAGGAUUUAGAGCUCUUCAAUUUCCUUGGGAAACUUAUGGGCUGUGCCAUCAGAACUCAAAACAACCUUAACCUUUCUCUUCCCCCUCUCUUCUGGAAACGCCUAUUUAUGGAUCCGCUUACAAUAAGAGACUUAAGAGGCUCGGACGUCUGUAUUGUGCAAAUUCUUGAAAUUUUAAGAAACCCAGCGGACAAUCAAUUAACCCCUGAAAAUUUUGCUUAUCCCUCUAUCCUUAAUCAAAAAAUUCAUUUGGAAUUAAUCCCAUCCUUGAUUGAACAAUUUUCAUAGACUAAAAACUUUUAUAUAAAAAUCAUAUAAUAUAUAUAAAUUGUAUAUAAAUAAUUAAAAAAAUAAAAUCAUAUAUAUAUAAAUUGUUUUCCAGAAUGCUUUUCAAACUUUGUGAAGGAUUGAGUUAUGCUUAUGAUGAGAAAUUUACCACAAAGGAUUCAAGUGGCAGAGAGGUUGAGCUAAUUCCAGAUGGAAAAGAGAAGCAAGUUACUUACCAUAACGCUGGAGAGUAUGCAGAUUUAAUUGAAAAAUAUCGGCUUAAUGAAAAUCCUAAAGCUUAUGAAGCCAUUCGAGAUGGAAUAAGUGCAGUUGUUCCUAUUGAUUACUUAAAUUUAUUCAGCUGGAAACAAAUUGAAAUUUUGGUUUGUGGUGCUGCAAAUAUUGACAUCGAAAUCCUAAAAGCAAAUACUGACUACGAAGGAUGCACAGCGACUGAUCCUCAUAUCUUGCUGUUUUGGGAGUCUCUCACAGAGAUGAUAUAGUAAUUGCCCGAGGAUGGCGCUAUCUUGCGCCAUCCUCGAGCAAUUCAAAAAUGGCCCCACACCGGGAAUUAAACCCACGUGUGGGGCCAUUUUUUGUAGUGGAGAACAUCGACUUCCACGCACCAAAAAUGGAUUCGAUUCCCGGUGUGGGGCCCAUUUUUUAAAUUGCCCGAGGAUGGCGCAAGAUAGCGCCAUCCUCAGGCAAUUACAAUACCUAAAGAGCGAACUCUAUUUUUAAAGUUUGUGUGGGGAAGAUCAAAAUUGCCAUCAGGAAGAGACUGGAAGCAUAUGAAAAUAACAAGAUAUAACCCUCCAGGCCAAGUCAAUAACUAUCUCCCUAUUUCUCACACUUGUUUCUUUACAAUUGACUUGCCUCCAUAUACUAACAAAGAAACAAUGAAAUCAAAAUUGCUUUAUGCAGUCACUCAUUGCACAGAUAUUGAUUUAGACGGCACCGCUAGCGGUGGCUGGGAAGAAGAAGAUUAA